AUGGGCAAACUAACAAGCACGAUCGGUAUUCCGAUCAAGCUGUUAAACGAAGCGCAGGGCCAUGUCGUGACGUUAGAGAUCACCUCUGGACAAGUCUAUCGAGGGAAAUUGCUCGAAGCCGAAGAUAAUAUGAACGUUCAACUCAAGGACAUCACAGUCACCGCGCGCGACGGCCGAGUCUCGCAUCUCGACCAGGUCUAUAUUCGCGGCAGCCAUGUGCGAUUUUUCAUUGUUCCGGAUAUGCUUAGGAAUGCCCCCAUGUUCCGUUCUCGCGGCCAGCGCGGCAGAGGUGUUGGUCUGGCUCGUGGUAAAGCGACUGUUAACAGGGCUCGUGGACAGCGACGGGGAUAG